AUGCUGCUGCCGAGUGGAUCAAGUACGAGUACGACUUGGGGACGCAGAAAAAAUGCGACGCUGAUCGAAGGGCUGGUGUGGAGGAAGAUCGUUAUAAAGCAUCUCACGGCAUGCCAGGGCAGAUUCUACUUCCCCAGGACGAUGCAAGAGCACGGCAUCCUCGAGUUCGACCCGCACCCGGGCACCCGCGUCGUGGCGAUGGGCGGCCUGCCAUGGGUCGUGCCGCCCAACCCCUGGGGGUGGUGCUCUCAUGCCUGCCGUUUCGAGAUGGACGGCGAGCACUACCAGUUCCUUGCGUGUUACUAUGAGGACCCAGCGGUCACUACUGGCAUCGCUCUCUACAGGAUGGACGUAGGAAGGCAGCGGUGGUGCGAGGUAGAUGGGAUCCGUGACGGUGACCGAGCGUUGCUGUGGUGUGGGUAUGGUGGAGGAUGCUGCACGGCCUCCAAGUGUGGGCUGGAGCAUGACUGUGUCUACAUGAUUCACCCCUGCGACAACUUGAUGCAUGUAUUCAGCAUAGCUGAGAGGACCGAAAGGGUGCGGCAGUACAGCACGAAGAAGGGAGGCGACGGCACCGGUCCCCUGAAGCCGAAAGGUGGUGGCUCCUCCGCGCCAAGGCACCUCAGGCCAGGAUUCGUGGAUCCUUCAUCAUGGAGGCAUUUUGACUCAAGGGCUGUUGGCAUUAAACCAGAUGCUAUACAUACGGAUGCAUGGGCAGUUUUAAAGAAGCUCAGACGAGAAGGUUUUCAAGCUUACCUUGUUGGGGGGUGUGUGAGAGAUUUGCUACUCAAAAGGGUACCUAAAGAUUUUGACGUGAUUACCACUGCAAGUCUCGAACAGCUUAAGAAAAAUAUAUUCAGGCGAUCUAUGAUUGUAGGCAAACGCUUUCCAAUAUGUCUUCUUAAAAUGCGUGACUCUGUAAUUGAGAUUUCGAGCUUUCGAACAGUUGCUAAGUAUGGGAAUAGAAGUGAAGCAGUAGAUUAUGUGGAAGAGUUGAAUGGCUCUGAUGUUAGGGAUAUUCUUCGCUGGAAGGAUUCUAUGAGAAGAGACUUCACAAUAAAUGGUCUUUUCUUUAACCCGAUGAACUUCAAAAUUUAUGAUUACGUGAAUGGAGUAAGGGAUAUGAGAAAAAACAAAGUGUGUACAGUGAUUCCUGCUCAUAUUUCUUUCAUGGAGGACCCCGCAAGGAUUUUACGUGGCUUCAGAAUUGCUGCUCGCCUUGGUUUCCAGUUUUCCAGUGAAACUUCUAAUGCGAUACGUGAUCUUUCUUCGUCUAUAAUUAAUAUCGACAAGGCAAGGUUGAUGAUGGAAAUGAAUUAUAUAAUGUCUUAUGGGGCAGCAGCACCUUCUGUUAGGUUGCUUAGAAAAUAUGGACUACUUGAUAUUUUACUGCCUUUCCAGGCAGCAUAUUUGUCUGAUCAGAUGAAGGGUGGUUCAAGUGAUAGACAUCUGAUGCUUAUGAAACUACUGGCUAAUCUUGAUAGGUUACUCUCUGCAGACCGGCCAUGCCAUAGCUCUUUGUGGCUGGCACUGUUGGUAUUUCACAGUACAUUGGUUAUAUCUCCACAAGACACGCUGGUAAUAAGAGCUUUUGCUGCAGUGUUGUAUUUUGGAACAUGGGAAACCACAGUCAAAUUUCUGGAAGAAGAAGUCGGACCCGAAGUUCCAUUUGCCCCAGAGACAAUGGGGCCUUCUCGGACCAAAUUGGAUGAUCUUAUGGAACAAACAUCACAUCUAGCAUCACUAGUCAAUUCUUCCGUAGAUACAUUGACAUGUCUACAUGGUCUGGAGCAAUCUCUAGCCAGAUUCUCCGAACCUCCGGAAUUUUCAGGAGUAGUAUUCACAUCUAGCAAUGAUAGGAAAAGGUUGGCAGUCAUAUUUGAGGGCCUUGCUUCUGACCUACCUUCAUAUGACGAGAGAAGAGGGAUGCGUGGGAUUGAUUACUGGUCGCUGAAACAUGGGGAUCCUGCCGAGGUCCGAUUUGUUCUGGGUAAAGUGAUCAUGGACACCAUGUAUGACAAGCUACCAUGUGAAUCUACUGAGGACGAGGACGCUGCUGCAACGGUAGAGCCAGCUGCAGAUCUUGCUGAUGGAAGAAGCCUACCUCUACUGUCCUCGUUGUUUUAA